AUGAUGAAUGUUGAUGGUAGUGAUCAGCGACGUUACGUUCGGCUAAGUGACCGCCGACUAGCGGAAGUGGCGGCACAGGCUGCGGCUCGUAUUGAUUUGGGAACACUUCUGCAUCGUCGUUCUGAGGCCACAGGUGUAAUGAAAGAGCGUUCAAUUGACGGUACUGCUGUCACUGCAACUUGCAUCAUCGAUUGCUCGGUUAAAGAGAUUCAAGCGCUUCUGGUUCCACCUACUACCGAUCGCUACGCUAGUGUGAUGCGCGAAUUAAUGGGUCAAGAUUUCAUCUAUGGCACCAUCGUACACAACGCCAACGAAGUCACGACUCAGAGCGUGUCAGUUCGGACCGUCACAUUUGCAAAGCGCCAUAUCCUCGCGCGGAACGAACAAUUGUGUUUUGUAAGUGCAGUCAAACCUUUAGAGCUCUGCAGUAGUAGCAAAGAAGAAAAGGGAUUCACGGUCACGCUAGCAUCGUUGCAUCCAGAUGACGUAUUCACUGGCAAAGCCCAAGCGGCGUGUGUGACUCAUAUACAAGGAAUGUCGGCGCUCUACCUCGUCACCCCUGAAGUACCAAGAAGAAGAAAGCAGGGUCGCUCGAAACGAGCUGUUCGAGUCACCUUUUGCGCCGAUGUAGCGUCAACCCCAGGCUCAAAUAGAAAAUCCCCGCUGCGGUGGCUUAAAAUGGUGACAAACCGUGAAGAAGCCGAUGGCGCAUCAAAUGGAGUCGUUUUGGCCCGUGCCGUGCAAUAUGCUCGUACACUCAAACAGUUUAAUGUCGCUGUACGUCGACGACGACUGGAUGCGCAGGUCUUUGCCGACUUGCAAAAGGUGCAGCCUAGCAACAAUCGGUGCGCGUGCUGUACGCGUCGUGUCAGAGUAAAAAAGUGUCGACUUAGUGGUCUAAGUGAAAGAAGCACGGAAAAGAGUACACAGGGUCCUAAACGCUGCCAUCUCUGUGCCUUUUUAGUGUGCGCACGGUGUGUGUGCACUGUUGGCAAUCGCGCAAUGUCGAUGGAAUUGCUGGAAAGGUCGAGCAAGAGUGUCAAAUACAGUCGGACUAUAUAUUUGUGUGAACACUGCAUGCAGCGCGUAGACGACGCCGAUUACGAUAGCUACUGUGCGUCAAAUGGCAGUAUGUCGCCGACCGGAGCAAUUCAACCUGAUAGUCCCGAUGCCGAAACGUCCAGUUCAGUGAUCGCGCGGGUGCUCAGUCAAGUGCUUGCCAACGCUUCCAACGAAGAAAAACCAGUUGUCAUUCGUGUCAUCAAGUACUUGCUUGGUCCCAACAAGGAAAUAAAGAGCACGUAUUCUGCUGCUUCAGCCGAGUUAAUCCAGAACCUGGGUCGACUGGCCACAGAACAAGGAUUUGCGGAAGAAAUCAAUGUGCGGAACCUGAAUUCAGAAGUCACUCCGGAAGUUCCAACUCCUACAAAAGAACAGCGUCCUAUACUGGCAGGUUCCUCAGGGCGCCAAUACGCGCUGCAGUAUACAGAUAUCAAAGACUAUAACGAUGAAGAUUCGGACGAGACGGAUACGAGUGACGGGACUGAAGAAUAUCUAGACAGCGAAGCUCGGCAAAAGAUUUCGUAUGUAUCGCGCUAUCCGGUACCAUCAGAUGAAGGCGCGCGUUUGCGAUGGCUUGAAUCGCACCCAAAUAUCAUGUCGCGUUUAAUGAAUCUGCCUGAUCUUGAGUUGUUGUGUGAUAUUGCACUCGCAGAAUUUCAGUGCAAUGCAGUGCUAGUAACCGUUUUUAGAGCAACCACGUGCUACGUGGUAGCGUCCACCGAUCCUGUUUGGCGCAAUGUUGAGAUCCCUCGUCACGAAACGAUCUGUGGCCAUACUCUUAUGAGUGGAGAUCCACUUCUUCUUAAGUACCCAGAGGCAGACGUACGCUUCACGGCGAUGAAUUUGGUGCGUCAUGACGGUCUGCGCUUUUAUUUCGGAUUUCCAGUUCAAAUAUCUUACCCAGGUAACGACGGCAUUACCACAGUUGGUACAUUUUGCUGCGUUCAAACAGAUAUAAACCGCGAUAUUACAGAAUCGCAAUUUGCACUUAUGGCCACUCUCGUUCAAGGUGUUAGUCGGGUAUUUGAAUUCCAGGCAUCCUGUUCGUUGGAAAAUCAAUUUACGACGUAA